GCCAUUUUUGAAAAGACUUUUAACGAAGGUCCACAAAAAAUCGAAAAGUUCUUUUAUUUAUCUGCUGUAAUUAUUUUAGUUUUAUUAUUAGAAAAUGAGUCUGAAGAGAGGAGCAGAGGAUGGAAAGAAUGGUUUGGCCAUAACGGAAGCAGAAGCCGAGCUUUAUGACCGACAAAUUCGACUGUGGGGUCUUGAUGCUCAAAAGAGACUGAGAGCAUCAUGUAUUCUUGUUAUUGGAUUGAAUGGUGUUGGUGCAGAGAUUUGUAAAAACCUUGUGUUAUCAGGCAUCAAGUCUCUGACCAUGCUUGACCAUCAUCCUGUGACAGAAGAAGACUUUCUCAGUCAGUUUCUUAUACCAAAAGAGGAUCUUGGAAAAAAUAGAGCAGAGGCUUCUUUACAAAGAGCAAAGGAUCUUAAUCCUAUGGUCCAAGUUACUGCAGAUUGUGAUGACAUCACAAGCAAACCAGAUACCUUCUUUAAGGACUUUGACGUUGUCAUAACAACAGGAUGUUCUUUAGAAACUCUUUCAAAGAUAAAUGAGAUAUGCCAUGUCAAUAAGGUCAAGUUUUAUGCAGCUGAUGUUUUUGGCUUUUAUGGUUACAUGUUUGCUGAUUUAGGGUGUCACAGAUAUGUUGAGGAACAAAAGAAAACCAUCAAAGCUAGUGAGCCUAAAAGGAAGAAACCAAACAAAGAAGAUACUGAAACUGUGUUAGUUGAAAAGUUUGCAGAAUUCUAUAGAUUUAAAGAUGCUCUUUGUUGUAAGCUUGAUGAAUCAACACCACCAAAAACCCUGAAGAGAAUAUCAUCAGUAUAUUUUAUAUUGCAAGUGUUGUUCAGAUUUAUGAAAAUACAUGGAAGAGAACCCAAAGUUCAGUCAUUAGAUCAAGAUACCAAGGAACUACAAAGAUUAAGAGAUGUAGUGAUGGAAGAACUCAAGCUCGACAAAACAUUGAUAGAUGAACAUUUUUCAAGACAUUGCACAGCAUCUUUGAGUCCAGUUUGUGCUAUUGUUGGUGGAGUCGUUGGACAGGAAGUUGUAAAGGCUGUAUCUGGCAGGGAUAGCCCAUUGAACAACUUCUUUUUCUAUGACGGAUUAGAAGGCCAUGGUAUGGUGGAGUGCUUCAAGUAAAUCAACCCUAGUAACCUGGUGACUUACUAUGGGUCCAACCCAACUGUGGCAGCACAUCAAAAAUUGAUGUUGCUACCAUGCCCACACUUUUACUUUAAGCAUGAGGUUCGCCGUUCGAUUAAAUAAUUGCUGAUAGAAGCAUGGUCAUGGAGACAUACCAAUUCAAAGUCAAAUGCCAAGACAAAUGUGUAAAACUGUUUUUGCCUGCUGAAGAGGUCGAAAGCCUAAGUUUAGGGUCUUGUCUUGAAUGAAUCUCUAACAGGAUUGUGAGUCUUCUUGGGAAAGAAGUGAUCAUGCAAUAUCUUGAUGUCAUAUCUACCCUAUCAAUGAAAUUUACCAAUAUGGGCAUGACAGCAGACAAAUAUGGGCAUGUUAGCGACACAAAACUUUGAUGCACUGCCAGUGGGACCGUAGUACUGUAAAAAAAUCUUCUAAUGUUUAUAUUCCUUUGACAAUCUAAUUAAU